GCUCCCACCACUCCACAGGAAGAAAACAUUAACAGUACACAAAGCUGCGAGGAUCUUGCUACAUCCGGUGCCAGCGCGAUAAGAGGCACACUGGCGCCCUUACCCAAGUGCCGCUUCAUCUAAUAUUAACACAACACUUCACCAUACUAGAGGAGUGAUGACAUGCAUGAGCACCACAGUUUCUAUUCUUUCCUCGCCACACCCACCGAGGCUUGAAGUGGCGUGUUGAGGCCCGCGAAGCACCCAGGGCUCAAGACACAAACCACUUUGCUCUGAGCAGCACCCGGCCACGGUCGCCUUGGUUAGGUGCUCUGGCCAGCAAUUAUUUGCGAUGCAGUUCCUUGUGUUCCUCGCCAUGGGCGUGGCCGUGGCCCAGGCAAGCGCCACGCCUCCCACAGCUGAGGAGAAUAGCUGUUCAGGCCUCAAGGACGAUCGCUCCCUUCUGUCCAGCCUACUAGCGGUAACUGGCUACAGUGAUGCUUGCGUGGCCGCCGCCCUGGACUUCUGUAGUAGUGGACAAGAGGACAGCCGCUACGCGUCCCUCAUGGAGGAGGCGAGGGAAGUGGUGCAGGAGGUUAGUGCUUCUGUGAACAAAUGGGGGUCUGCGCCACGUAACUGUAAAGACUUACUGGACUCCGGGGACAGCGGGAGCGGCCUCCGCCAGGUAUACCCUUACCUUGCGCGACCCCACCAAAGCGUGCUUGUGUUUUGUAACCACACUGUCGACGGCGGGGGAUGGACUGUCUUCCAGCGGCGCUCCAGUGAAUUACCCCGCCAAGAUUUCUACCGAGCUUGGAUCGAGUAUCAGUUGGGUUUUGGUGACAUAGAGGGUGAAUUCUGGUUGGGCCUCGAGGUUUUGCACCACCUGACCUCCACCACUGUGCAGGAGCUACGAAUUGACCUGGACGAUUACGAGGGAGGACAUCGGUGGGCUAAGUAUGGAUACUUCCACGUGGGCACAUCAGAGACAAAUUUCCGCCUCAGUGUUGGAAGUUUCAGCGGUGACGCAGGGGACAGCCUCGCCUACCACAACGGCUUCUCAUUCAGUACCCAUGAUAAUGACAACGACGGUGCGGGUGAAAACUGUGCCACGACACGCCGGGGAGGUUAUUGGUAUGACGCUUGCACAAAAUCUAACCUGAACGGCUUCCAGUAUAUGGGAAACUACACCUCCUUCGCCGAUGGCAUCAACUGGUAUAGCUGGAAGGGCAGGCAAUACUCCCUGAAGGGAACGUCCAUGAUGAUCCGGCCUUCCACACACUGACCCGCUCGACGGUUGGCUGUGGCCAGCACGGUGGGAGGGUGGGAGGCGUGCACACAACACUGUACAGGACGCGGUUCCAGACCACCAACACCUCUCCAGGCUCCCUCCCUGACGCUACUCUCAGCCUGAGUCCCUCUUUCUCCCGCAAACCGCCGGAGUGGCUGACCCCUCACAGCCCAAGUCACUGCGCUGCUUGCUUCCUCCCUCACACGGCCACGAGGCGUGCACACCUUGCGUCCCUGGACCGGGCUCUGCGUGGUUCAUAGUCACGUAACUCUGUAAUGUAUUUCAUUAUAUCCUGUAAUCUAAAUACACAAUCAGGUACGGUCUCUCUCUUUCUCUCUCUCUCUCUCUCUCUCUCUCUCUCUCUCUCUCUCUCUCUCUCUCUCUCUCUCUCUCUCUCUCUCUCUCUCUCGUUCACUGUGCAGGGUCUCUCUCUCUCUCUCUCUCGUUCACUGUGCAGGGUAUCAUCCUUGCUGUUGACAAAUGUCAUUAACAACAAAAUAAGCCAAUAAUAAAUUCAUCAUUGCCUUGA